AUGCCUAAAAAGCUUGAUGAAGAAGCCAUUCCUAAUAUUUUCGAAUCACCUAAUGAGGAUGACGACUUUUUAAACGGUAGCAGUGAUAAUUAUGAGCCUUCUUAUAGUGAGGUGUCAUCUGCUGAUGAAAUAGAUAUGGAUGAUAAUAAUGAGGAGGAUGCAGAAACACGUUCUACAGCUGAUUCUGUAAAUAUUGCCACUAUAUGGUCUUCUCCCCGUGCGGAGUUUGUAGCAAUAAAAACAAUAACUAGCUAUCGACUUCCCGAUAUUGCUUAUAGCUUUGAGAGGACUGACAAUCCUUACAAUAUAUUUAAGAAAGCUUGCCCUGCAAGCCUUUUUAUGCGUAUUAUCCAGUGCACGAACGAACAUAUUGAGAUAAUGCGAAACUCAAAACCAGCGUACAAAAAUAUAAAGCUAACAGAUAUUGGAGAAAUUAGAAUCGCUAUUGGUUGCAUGAUAAUUAUGUCAUAUAACCAUUUGCCAUCUGUAAGACACUAUUGGUCAAAACAUAAUUCUAUGGGAAACGAUGGAGUAAAAUCGGCUAUAACGCGGGAUAGAUUUCAGUUACUAUCAUCGAAAAUGUACUUUGCUUCACCUGAAAAGCCCGAGACAGCAUCCAAAAUUUAUUACGUGGAGGAUAUGGUUGAGUGCCUAAAGUCUCGAUUCGCAAGUGCAUGGAACGAAAGUGCUUACCAAAGUAUCGUUGAAACCAUGACGAAAUUCAAGGGACGCUCCUCUAUGAAACAAUACUUACAAUUGAAGUCCACUAAACGUGGUAUCAAAAUGUGGCUCAGAUGUGAUGCUCUUACUGGCUAUACUUACGAUUUUACUAUCUAUUGUGGGAGAGAAGAUGGAAAUGUCGAAGGAACUAUAGGCGAGCGCGUGGUAAAUCAGUUAGCUGCAACAAUUCGAGAAACGGAUGUGACUCUGUGUUUCGAUCGGUUCUUCACAAAUAUCAAUCUUCUAGAGCCUAUUAAUUACGCAGCGUUAGGAACUAUUAUGUCGAAUCGCAAAAAAUUGUCAGUCAUCAGCACAAAGCUAAACAGAGGUCAAUGCGUUUUCCGAGAAAGGAACACUAGUAUAAUGUAUGCUAAAUAG